GAAAAAUAUUAUUGUAACAAAAAUAAUUUAAGAUGCGUGCGUUACGCUUUCUAAUAUUGGUAAUUUUUGGAGUCCUGCUGGCUAGAAACGCAGGGGCUGAAGAAUAUAAAUCAAAUGAUGAAAAGGAUCCACAGCAACAUCUACCUGAUGGAGUAAAGGACUUGGAUGAAACUAUUGAAAGGAUACGUCGUCAGAUUGGAGCCUUUGGAGUGGGCAUUGGAGUUUUUGGGGCACGACAUGCUGGACCAAUUGGUAAUCCCUAUUAUGGCGGUCCAUAUGGCAAUCCGUACUUCGGACAACCCUAUGGAAAUAAUUUUCAUGAUCGUCGAUUUGGAGAAGGCUUUGCUGGAAAUUUCUACGGUCGCUGAGGCACAUAGUCUGCUUUGGCAGCCAAUGUCGACUUAAUAAAGUUAAACAUUAAAAAGUA